CCAAGGAGGUGGGUAAAAGGUACCGGGGGAUCCUGAGCAAGAGAAGAGGCCAAAAGUCAAUCCCAAACCCCAGCAGACAAAGGGGACCUUGGUCCCUUCCCCCUAUCAGACUCUGAGCUGGGGAGCGCCCAGCAGAGCUCCAGAGCCGAGGGAAAUGCCGUGACAUCCCGGCACCCGCCCGCGGCUCCUCCGCCAGCUCCGGCAGGAUCUCAGCCCCUUUCUGCUGAUGUCACGGCGUGGGGCCCCGCAGCCGCCUUCCCCGGGCGGCAGGCAGGCAGGAAUCAGCGCCGGGGACGGCCGCCCUUUCCUGGAUCCUCCUCUCCUGUCUCUUCCCUCCGCAGGACGCCGGCUGGAACAGAGCCCAGAGCCUCGGCCGUCCGGCAGACGGAUGCCCCGGCAGGGCUUGUCCAUGGAUGCCAGCAAGAAGGUGGAUCUGAAGAUAAUUAUCAUAGGAGCUCUGGGCGUGGGCAAAACCUCCCUCCUGCACCAGUACGUGCACAAGAGGUUUUACGAAGACUACCGCACCACGCUGGGCGCCAGCAUCCUGACCAAAGUCCUCGCGGUGGACAACACCCCCCUGAAACUGCAGAUCUGGGACACGGGGGGACAGGAGAGAUUCCGGUCCAUGGUGUCGACCUUUUACAAAGGCUCGGAUGGCUGCAUGCUGGCCUUUGACGUGACGGACAGGGAGUCCUUUGAGUCCCUGGACAACUGGAGAGAUGACUUCCUGGAGAAGGUCAUUCCGAGGGAGCAAGAUUUCCCCAUGGUUGUGCUGGGGAACAAAAUAGACAUCUGCGACCGGCAGGUACCCAAGGAGAUCGCCUCAGCCUGGUGCAAGGAGAAAGACAUCCCAUAUUUUGAAGUCAGUGCCAAGAACAACAUCAACGUUGCAGAGGCUUUCGAGACCCUCGCAAAGCAGGCGUUAGCAACGUAUAAAGGGAUUUUUGAGAGUUAUUUAACCGACUCCAUCAAACUCACUCCCAACGACAAGCCCAAGAAGAGCUGCUGCUGACCCUGGCCACACACCGCGCUCCGGGCUGCGCUGCAGGAGCGUGGCCCCAGCAUGCCGGACCCCACGCUGCCCACGGCUGGAGCCCUGCUUGGGUGUCCGUGGCCCCCGCCCGCCCCAGCCCUACCAUAGAGGAUGGCCAAGCCAGGACGCAGGAUGGCCACCACUCAACAUGCCGGGGCCAGCUGGCUGCACAUCCCGGGGCUUGCUCCUUCCCACCUCCCCAGAGCUGCUCUCCCAAACCAGCAGCCUCCCAAAUCACUGCUGCGUCACGGUGGCCCCAUACCCCCUCGAUCCCCAGCCAUCUGGCACCCGAGCGGGCAACCCCCCUGCGGUGAUGGUGCCAGGGAGCCGGGCAGUGCUGCUGAUGCCUUUCCAGAGACCAUGACCUUGGCCCCACGGGUGACCCUUCCCAGCACGCGAACUGGUGGCUCUGCAUCGCUCACAGGGCUCACGGUGCGUAUGGGCUGCCCUGGGGGAGGCGUGGGGCUGGUGGCCACGGCGCAGGUCUGAGAGCAGCCGGGUCUCCCCGUCCAGGCUCAGCUGCUGCGGAUGUAACCAUUCCGUGCCUCAGUUUCCCCUGCUCUCAUGCACACCCCCUGUCAAACACCCUCCACCUCCCGCCUCACUGGCGAGGA